CUACAGUGACCACUGCCCAUGACUGACUGAUAUUUUAUUUCAGAAAUGAGAAAUAUGGUUUUGUUUGCCUGCCCACUCUCCCUUUAAAGGACAACACACAAAAGCAAAGAAAUUUGAAUGGGUCUGGUCAAGGUGGUUCCUUUGUUCUAAAAUUCUCUCUGUUUUUUCUGUUUCUCAAGUGGAAGAAAGGCAAGAACUUUGGUGGGUUAUUUCUCUCUGAUCUGGAUCAAAUGGAGGGUGAAUCUGAUUCGUAUAGGGAAGUGAAGCCCAAAGCUGGGGAGGACCAACUGGUUCCUGUUAAUAAGAGUUCCUUGGCUGCUACUAAUGGCUAUGAUGAGAACUUGGGAUCCUGCAAACAAGGGGUUCUUCUCCAGACCAACAGGUCCAGGAAUGCUUCAAUGCCAACAUCUGGAACAAAUGCUACCAUCCCUACUUCAGAUCAGCUUACCAUCUUCUAUGGCGGAAGUGUUCUUGUAUUUGAUGCAAUUCCUGCAGAAACGGCUCGUGAAAUUAUGCUUAUUGCAGCUGCUGCUGCAGCAGCUGUUAAACCUGCUGACAUGAAGAAGGCUGUGUCUGGCUCGCCAGCUGGUGGUACACCAGUUCUUACUAGGUCUCCUUCACUGCAAAGUACUACAAGUGCUUUGGCUUCACCACAAACCCAGCUCUAUUCUGUUCAUCAAGGCUCCUCCCUUUGCAAAUUGCAAGCUGAAUUACCAAUUGCAAGGAGACAUUCUCUUCAGAGAUUUUUUGAGAAGCGACGGGACAGACUUUGCAGCAAAAGCCCAUAUCCCACUCCACAAGCAAUGAAAAUGGCUGAAACCACAAAACCUGAUUUCAGUGCUGAAGUUUCACCAGAAGCAGGCUGCUUUGGGAAAACUCUUGCACCAGAAAAAGAAAUUCAACCAAAGGUUACUGCCAACCUUGCUUAAAUAUGCACAAAAGCUUCUGAUGUGUCAUGGACAUGGAAAGUCUUAUAUCAGCUUAAAUUGUUAACCUUGUACUGUUCUAGCAAAUUUCAGAGUGUGCUGGGAAUGAUGAUGUUUUGACUUGCUUUUGGAUGCACUGGGGUCAAAGGAACAAUUUCUCAUUGAACUAAUGGGAAUUUGUUCACAUAGUUGCCUAAUCGCCAUAAGGCAAUUUGAAAUAUCAUACUGAACCAGUGCUAUUAGGACAACUAUUUGUGUUACUGUUUAACUGCUACAAACAAUUAACAAAUGAUGGACAUGCAUCUUGUCUGGUUCUUGUGUGACUAUCUGAAUUGUAAUGUUGAAUGUUAAACGUUAUACAUUCUGUGAUGUUGUGUUAAA